CAGAGACAGCGUUAACUUUUAAGACUGGACAUAUACCCAACAGUCAACUGGAGAUCAGAGCUAAAUUUUUAUCCUGUUGCCAAAAGGAUACAGCAUGUCCAAAAUGCUCGACGAUAUCUUGACAAAGAACUUGUUGAAUCUGGCCCUGAACGAAGCCUCGGGGCAGAGUCAGCUGAAUCCGUCAGCCUCCUUGUUCCCCCCUUCCACUCCGAGCCUUAGUUUGAACACUGAGCAUGUUAAUAACGACGACAAUGGCAGCUCUCUCUGGCCAAACAUCUGGAACCCUGUCUCCAAACCAAAACAGCUCCCUUUCCGGCCCGACCGCUCCAUGAGUCUGACCGAAUCCAGCAGCAGCCUGCUCUCCUCAUUUGGACAGCUGAAGAACUCAGAGCUGUUUCCCUCCGGCCCAACUGCUACUAUUGUGCCUCCCCCACCAGGCUUUCCUCCGUCAUCUACCCUCCCUGCCCAGAUCCCACCAGCGGUGUCCUCUAACCGUUACAAGACUGAGCUGUGUCGUGGCUUCCAGGAGACUGGCAGCUGCAAGUACGGCAGCAAGUGCCAGUUUGCCCAUGGUGAGGCAGAACUAAGAGGACUGUACCGCCACCCUAAGUACAAGACAGAGCCCUGCAGAACCUUCUACAACUUUGGCUACUGCCCCUAUGGCUCACGCUGCCACUUCAUCCAUGAGGAGAAAAUCAGCGGAGCUCCGUUACCAUCUGCCAAAUUCCAGCGGCAACAAACUACCACAACAAUCAGUGGUCACAAUCCACGGCACCAGCUCCGCCAGAGCGUCAGCUUUGCUGGGUUUCUGGGCUCUUCUCGCAGCUCUUCUCCUCCAUCAUUUCCCUCUGUCUUCAGUGAUCCUAACCAAGGGUUCAGCCGUGCUCCCUCUGUUUCUCCACCUCCCGCUGAACUUCUCUCCCCAGUGUUUGACUCUAUACAGCGGGAAGCAGCAUUCCAGUUUGGCAGCCAGCAAACCCAUGUGAGCGCUGGAGACAUCCAUAACAUUCCUCUCAUCUUGGAGCAAAAGGCCUCACGCUGUGUGUGUGGUCAUGGAAAUAAUUUCAGCAGCAACAACAGCAAUGUCUUCACCAACUUGAAGGAUGGGCAGCACCAGGACAGCAGCAUGCUGUUUCCAGUUCCUGGAGGGUUCACAAAGCCUUCUGGACUCCAGCGCUUCUCCUCUGAGGACUCCCUGGAGGAGUGCUACAGCAGCAGCAGUUCUAGUGGAACCGAGUCUCCAACCUUUGAUGGCCCAGCCACCAAGAGGCUCACUGUGUUUGAACGCCUAUCCCUGUCUGACUAAAUGAUGCAAAGGGAAAUACCAAAAGAUAAAUAAGACUUUCUUUUUUUUUUUUUUUUUACUUUUUCUGUGUAUCUGGACUUUCUUCAGCACCAGAACUGAUCAGAACAAGUCAACAAUAACACUUAAAGUCCUUAAUUUAUGUUUGUAAAGUGAAGUUCAUCUUAGACAAACAACACAUACUGAGAUGAUUUUAGUACCCAAAUGUUCAGUCUAUUUUUAUACUUACACAUAAUAUGUAGCUUAUAAGACCUUUGUAUGUAUCUUCCAUGAAAAAAUUAACUCCUCUGCAGGUCUUGACAUUACCAGUGAAUUCUCUAGUUGGUAGAGAUCAAAGUGGCUUUGGUGAUAAUCAAUAAUUCCUGUGCCUUGAAUAUUUCCCUGCAAAAAAAGGCUAUUUAUUCUCUGUGCAAAAAACAGCACGUUUGAUUCAGUAGCCUUUAUCCAUGAGACGUGACACGUGUCUGUGAUAUGCACUUUACAGCUAAUUCUAAAGGGAGAAACUGUCAAAUCUCUCAGUAGCAUUCAACCAAAGCUUCAUACUUCACUCUGUCUGUGUGUGGAAGUGUGUGCCUGUAUACAGUAUAUGCGUGUGAGAGUGUAUGUAUGUAACUGUCAUUUUGUAGACCAGGAAGCAAAUACAACUUGCAGAAUGCUGAAAGAUCAAAGUGCUCUAGUAGAAAAAGGUAUGUCAGUGAGUUCAGAUCUGAAUACAUGUAUCCCGACACACUUAAUAACAUUGGAUUCUGUAAAACAUUCUGUAAUAUUUGCUACUUUGUAAAUUGCACACUAUCGUUUAUUUCCCCCUGUUUGUUUGACAGCCUGUUUCAGGGAACAUCGCAGUAUUCCUUUUGGUUAUUGGUUACUUUGUGUUGUUUAACUUAAACUGAAAUAUUUAUUAUGAUAUUUAUUUGCAUUUAGAGAAAAUUGUAUUUUGUACUUUAUUUAUA